AGUUGGUUAUAAAUUGGAGCAAAAAGCGUGCAUUAUAUGGAUCUUUGUAGACUAUUUUAAGAAUUUACGGGUUCAAAUGAUCGAUUUGUGAAUCACUUUAGACCUUUUUGAUGGCUCUCUGAAAACUACGAGAUCAACUGAUUGUUAGAUUGUUCUCAAACCGGUGAUUUGGAGACUCUUAUAAGGUCCGUUAAGUUAGAUUUUGGGGAAAUCAUAAAGUGAUCGCAACUGAUCUGCGUCUUUAAGAUAGAAGUUGAAUGAAAUCCCGUUGACUAUCGGCAGGAUGAGUGAUAUACCGGAUUUGGCUAUGAAUUAGAGCUAAAAUGAAUGCAUCCUGGAAUAUACGCUAGACAAUUGGCAAACCUCAGAAACACAGUUAACCAGCGUACGAUCAUUUGAGCUAUAACCAAAGGUGGUAGAAAUCGUUAGCCGUACCGAAGAUCAAAUCAGAGGGUUGCUGGUUGGUAAACAAAUGAAACUCACUCAAUACCAAUAUAUGUAUGACUGUAUGUGGCAAGUAUGACUCGAACUCAACCAUACACACACGAACACAAGCUAUACAGCGGUGAGCGAUGCUGUCUGCAUGGUGGUGGCUGGCUGGCUGGUCUACGUGUGACGUCUACGCAUGCAUUAAGGGAUUCCGUGUGUACGUAAUUUCCCAAUGAAUGGGCACGUGUAAACGCCUAUGUGUGAGUGCGUUGUUGUUGUAGAGACGAGCUAAUGCGCUUGCUACGACUGCGGCGACAAUUUCUAUAGCUGAGCGUAUGGAAAGUACGCAAUAACGAGGGGAGCGGGGGAAAACUAUUAUUGUUUUGAAUUGUUAAUAGUCGAAGCGGCAGCAGCGGUGACAGCAGCCAUGACAAUAACAACAACCACACAGUAUUUGAGGGACUACCCGAGUGAAUUUUGGAGUUUUUAUUUUAUGUGUGCGUGUGUGUAGCAAAAAUGUGUUUUCGUUUAGCGUUUUCUUCGGUCAACAGCGAAGAACUACCACCACCAAUAACAACAACAACACGUUGUGUGUGCUGGCCGUGGCCGUGGCAAUCAAUUGAGUUGAAUCCGAGAAACUCUGAGUUCAAAGCGACAGUCUCCUCGUCUAUGUGUAUAAAAGACUGUGCCCGUAUUCGAACCUGUCAUAACAGCAGCAGUGCUCGCAGAGUAUAGAACACCAAAAAAGAAACGGAAAACGCAAUUAGAAUUUUGUUUUCGAAACUUCACCAAAGAGCAACACUCCAAAAACAGUGUUUGUGUGUGUGUAAAGCAGAAGCAAAAUAAUAAAUAAGUGCGCAAUAGAGUUUGCGAAAAAGACAUUAAAGCAAAAGAGCAUAAACUAAAAGUUUAUGAAACAAAUUUUAGUUCGAAAUUAAUUACGCAAAAAAACCCAAAAUAAAAAUGGCAACAUACGCCUCUAACGAUACAACAAUAAAAUACAAGAGCUGCCCGCUCAAGAAACGGCCCAUCGUUUACGAGGAUACCACCGAAACAGAAACAACAACGACAGUGCCAACAGUCGCCGACAGAGAUCCCAUGCAAUAUUAUGCCGCCGCCGCUGCCUUCGCACAAGCCAGCAUGAUCAAGCGCGAACCACAGCCAGAGCCUGAGCUCGAGCUUGUGCAUGAUGAGCAGCCGCAAGAUCUGUCGCUGAAACGCAAAGCCACAAACGUUAUUGAGGAUUACAGUGUACCAGCGAAACGCGAAUAUGUGUUGGAUCUCUCGAAAGACAUUUCUGAAGUGCGCGCAUACAAUGCGUCCUUCAACAAAGCCUUGCAACAACGUGCCGACUCGCCAACACACUCGAUAAACUCGCAACAUUCCGCCGAGUUGGGUAUGUGUUCGUCGUUGUUGUCGCCCGUGGAGCCCUACACCUCGGAUUACGAAUCGGAUUAUAACCAGCAAAUGCAACAACAAGCGCCAUCAACGGUCGCCAUACAUUUGCGUGGUUUGACAUCCGCUACCAGCGGGUACACCACAGCAUCGACGGACUACAAAUCCGCCUUCAUGCUAGCCGCUGGCAGCGCUGCACCGAUGACAGCACUCUGGAAUGCCUACCAACCAGCAAUUGGUGGCAAUCUAAGUGCAAUCUUUCCAUCGCCAGCCUCCUCCAUCGCGACAUCGCCACGUUCGGUGUACUCUUACCAGCAGAUGACACCACCAUCCAGUCCCGGUUCGGAGGCCGGCUCUGAGCCUGAGGAUCUUAGUCUACGCAAUGAUAUCCCGUUACCAGCGUUGAUGCAUCAUCAGAACGAACCAUUGUGCAACCUGAGCUUCAAUAACAACAAAUCAACGAAGUGUGCUUCGAAGAACGCCGAGUCAGAAGCCGCUGCCGCCGCUAACAAGGCCGCCAAUUAUCGUUACAAAUGCGAUAAAUGCAACAAAAUGUACUCCACCGUCAUCGGUUUGUCGAAGCAUCAGCAAUUCCAUUGCCCAGCCGCCGAGUGCAAUCAGGAUAAGAAACAGCAUUCGUGCCAUGAAUGUGGCAAGCUCUACACCACCAUUGGUGCCUUGAAGAUGCACAUUCGCACUCAUACCUUGCCCUGCAAGUGCCCCAUCUGCGGCAAGGCCUUCUCGCGUCCAUGGCUGUUGCAAGGACACAUCCGCACUCACACCGGUGAAAAGCCCUUCCACUGCAGCGACUGUCCGCGUUCCUUCGCCGAUCGCUCCAACUUGCGCGCCCACCAACAGACUCAUGUGGAGAUCAAGAAGUACGCCUGCAAGGUGUGCCGCAAGUCCUUCUCGCGCAUGUCGCUGCUCAACAAGCACACUAGCUCCAAUUGCACCAUUACAAUUGCGUAGAUUAGUGUGCCGACAGUGAGAGAGUGGAGCCCUAAACCUAAAAUCCAAGUGCCAGCAGUGCGUUGACAUAUUCAGUAUUUCAAUUUUAUUUCAAAUUAGUUUUUAAUGGAAAUUACAACAAUUUAAGCGGUUGUAACAUGGAGCAUGGAGUUUAUGUUUACUAAGUUCUAGUCGUUUUUGUUCGCUUAAAAAUCUCAAUGAAAUCAUUUUUAGUUUAUAAUGGAAGACAAUUUUAAAUUUAAAAAAAUUUAAGUUUGAAAACUUUUUAUUUUUGAAAAAUUUAUAUAUUUUUAUUUUAAGAAUUUUGUAAUAAUUUUAGUAUAUUUUUUAUAUAACUGGUGCAUACUCACCAGCCAACGACAGCACUCAACCAAAUUAGCUCUUAUGAAAAAAAAACUCAACAAUAAGCCAUUGGGCUUAGAUUUUGAAUAUUAUAGUAUUAAGUGAAAUUAAUUUAAGUGUUUUUGUAUGAAAAAACUAUAAAAACUGUUGUACUAGUUCGUUAAGUUACCUAAUCUUAAGUUAUUUUUUACAAACUGGAGGACACUAAACUUAAAUACAAUAUUCAAAUGAAACUAAAAAUAAUAUCUCUUCUUAUUUUAUCAUCAAAUUUGGGAUUUAAAAUAGGGGAAGUCUGGGAAACAUUUUUGCUUCGUUUGAAAACCUUAUAGCAUGGCAAGAUCCGUCUGAUACAAACAGCUAAAGUUUAGACGAUUGAAUACCAUCUUUAAUUAUAAGAACUA